AUGAAAGAUUCCAAUGAUCGAGCAAUGCUAUGCCCUUUCAUCGGCUAUGCUCAAGAACCAAUACUUCCGCUUACUGAAGCAUGCGUACCGUUAACAUUCAUUAUUCCUGAUAUACUCACAUAUGUUUCAAUGGCUUUAGAACAUACUCCAGAUGAUCCACCCGAUGCACUGACUCGUGAUGAAUCAGCUUCGAUUUAUCUCUAUACAAUGGAGUGGAAUAAUGCAGAUAGAAGUUUUUAUUCUUAUCUUAAUCAUGCUCUUAAAAAAGGUGAUCAAGAGGAAUUACAACCGUGGUUCAAAUAUCUUAAACUUUUUCUUACUGCCUUGGUUAAAGUACCAUGUUCAACAGCACAGGUCGUAUGGCGUGGUGUACGAAAGAAUGCUACGAAUGAAUUUCCGAAAGGUGCUCAAAUUACGUGGUGGGCUUUUUCAUCCACCACAAAAUCAUUAACCGUAUUAGAAAAUGAUCUCUAUUUGGGUACAACAGGAGAGAGGACACUAUUUUCCAUCGAAGUAUUAAAUGGCAAGAAUAUACGUGCUCAUUCAUAUUUUGAAGACGAGGAGGAAAUUUUAUUGUUACCGGGAACAUUUAUGGAAGUACAAUCACUUUUAAAUCCAGCGCCUGAUCUGCACAUCAUUCACUUAAAACAAAUGAUACCAGAGAGACCACUACUGGAACCUCCAUUCGAAGGUAAAUUGAACAUUGCCGACAGUUUAUUUUGA